AUGAGCCAGCUCUUCCUGGUGAUGCCCCCUCCACCCUCCCUCUCCGCUCUCCUCCCUCAGUCCACUCCCAGCAGAAGGCUGAACUGUUUUUUAAAAAGGGCUGAUGUCGUCAUUCAUCCUGGAGGAGGACUGGAUGCUGUCCCAGAAAACACCUCCCGUCCUGUCAGAGGUGCCCACGCAGUGAGAGAGGAGCCCCGGUUUGUGACGGCUCGCGCUGGAGAGAGCGUGAUCCUGGGGUGUGACGUGUCCCCUCCCCUGGACGGCCAGCAACCCCCCUAUGUGGUGGAGUGGUUCAAGUUUGGAGUGCCUAUUCCCUUCUUCAUCAACUUCCGCUUCUACCCUCCUCAUGUGGAUCCAGAGUAUACUGGUAGAGCCUCUCUGCAUGGGAAGGCCUCCCUGCAGAUUGACCCAGUGCGCUCCGAGGACCAGGGCUGGUACGAGUGCAGGGUCCUGAUGCUGGAGCAACAGUACGACACCUUCCACAACGGCAGCUGGGUGCACCUCACAGUCAAUGCCCCGCCUUCAUUUACAGCGACGCCGCCACAGUAUGUGGAGGCGAAGGAAGGGGGAAGCACUCUGCUCAGCUGCUCUGCCCAGGGAAACCCAAAACCAAUGAUCAGCUGGCUGAGGGAGGGGGAGGAGCUCACUACCAAUGCAAAAUAUUCAGUACACGAUGGCAGUCUAACCAUCCUUGGCAUCACCAGAGAUGACAGAGGGGCGUACACGUGCCGAGCCUACAGUGACCACGGAGAAGUGCUCCACACCACCCGUCUGCUGGUUCAAGGGCCUCCAUACAUCGUGUCACCACCAGAAAACGUCACUGUCAACAUAUCCCAGAAUGCACUCUUCACCUGCCAAGCGGAGGCGUACCCUGGCAACCUGACCUACACCUGGUUUUGGGAGGAGGAUAACGUCUACUUCAAGAACGAUCUGAAGCUCCGAGUGCGCAUUCUCAUCGACGGCACCCUGAUCAUCUUCCGGGUUAAGCCGGAGGAUGCUGGGAAAUACACUUGCAGUCCGAGCAACAGCCUCGGCAUCUCGCCCUCAGCAUCGGCCUACCUGACUGUUCAGUACCCUGCCCGAGUGAUCAACAUGCCUCCGGUCAUCUACGUUCCACGGAAACUGCCAGGCAUCAUCCGCUGCCCGGUGGACGCCAACCCACCUGUAACAUCAGUGAAGUGGGAGAAGGACGGCUAUCCUCUUCGAGUGGAGAAGUACCCCGGCUGGAGCCUGAUGCCAGAUGGAAGUAUCCGGGUGGCGGAGGCGACAGAAGACUCCCUGGGCACCUACACCUGUGUGCCUUACAACGCCCUGGGUACCAUGGGCAUGUCCCCCCCUGCCACUUUGGUGCUAAAGGAUCCCCCUUACUUUAAUGUGAGGCCUGGGGGGGAGUACCGUCAGGAGGCUGGGAGAGAGCUAGUUAUCCCCUGUGCUGCUUCUGGAGACCCUGAUAUACCAACCAUCACCUGGAGAAAGGUGGGGAAGCCGAGCAGGAGUAAGCACAACAUCCUACCCAGUGGCAGCUUACAGUUUCUGUCCCUCAGCAAGGAAGACCAUGGAGAAUGGGAGUGUGUUGCCACCAAUGUGGUUACAAGCAUCACUGCCAGCACGCGUAUCCUUGUCAUCGGCACCAGCCCACAUGCUCCGGGAAAUAUCCAUGUGUUGCCCUCGACAACCUCUGCUAAUGUGUCCUGGGAACCAGGUUAUGAUGGCGGCUUCGAACAGACGUUCUCCGUGUGGUACGGUCCAGUGUCAAAGAGAGUAGACUUUGGUCCUCAUGACUGGCAUUCAAUGCCAGUUUCUGGUGCUCAGACCUGGUUGGUGGUGCCAGGGCUGGAGCCUGGGACGGAAUACCAGUUCAGUGUGUUGGCACAAAACAAACUGGGCACAGGCCCAUUCAGCGAAGUUGUGACAGUCAACACUGCAGGCUCCCCUCUGGGUACCCCAGAACCACUGGUGCUUCUUACUCCACCACGGUGCCUCACAGCUAACCGCACGCAGCACGGUGUCCUCCUCACGUGGCUCCCUCCAGCCAACCACUCCUCACCCAUCGACCGAUACAUCAUGGAGUUCCGCCUCGGAGAGAGGUGGGAGGUUCUGGACGACCUGAUCGCUUCAACUGAGACCGAGCUCAUAGCCAGGGACCUCGUCCAGGAGUCCUGGUAUGAGUUUCGAGUGAUGGCUGUCAUGGACGACCUGAUUAGUGAGAGCAGUAAUGUUGUAGGCGUAUCAAGCACGGAUCCCUUCCCUCCUGCGGAGUUGCCUGAUGAGGGGCUGGCGCGCCCUGUGGUGGCGGGUGUCGUGGCAACUAUUUGUUUUCUGGCCGCGGCAGUACUGUUCAGUACUCUAGCAGCUUGCUUUGUCAAUAAGCAACACCGCCGCAAACUCAAGCGCAAACCAGAUCCUCCCUUGUCGGUGACACACUUCAGGAAAAGCAUUGAGUCACCGUUAUCAUCGGGGAAGAUAAGUCCAGAGAGCUCUCCUCCUUCUCGGCCGCGCUCUCUUUCUUCUGAAGGUUCUCACGGUCCAGGCCUGUACGUCAGGAGGCUGCCCAGUCCUCAGAGAGAAAAAGACAAGGAGCUCUCCUUCUACAAGAAAACCAAGCGUGCCAUAGCCAGCAAGAAAUACAGUGUGUCCAAGUAUGAAGCAGAGGUCACCACGCCUAUUGAGCUGAUAAGCCGCGGCCCCGAUGGCCGCUUCAUCAUGGACACCAGCCCACCACCGCGCCGCAUCCAGGGCUUCCCCUUUGCAGAGGAGUCUGACAUGUACCCUGAGUUCCGGCAGUCUGAUGAAGAGAAUGAUUUUGACCCUGGGCCUCUGCCGCCCAUCAUGCCCACGCUGCGGCCCCAGCUCUCCCCAACGUCCUCCAGCCUGGAGUCAACGCAGCCCCCCAACUACAGCCCCCGCCUACACAGGGCCAUGGAAGGUAUGAGCUUUGCAGAGGGCAGUGCACUUCACGCCUCAGGGCAGGCCCCUACCUCCCGCUACAGGGGCUUUCCCCAGGGCCCAUUCUAUGGGUAUCUAGGCAGCCGCGGUGAAUCAGGGAUUCCACCACCAUUCUACAUGCCUGACAUCAGCCCGCGUAGCUCUGCUCUGUCCUCCCCCCCAGGCACCGCAGACGGGCCCUUUGGUUACCCCUCUAUCCCUGAGGAGAGUGGAGAGAUGGAGCACCAUCAGUACACUGCCUCUGGCCAUUCUCUGUCUCACACACACAGCCCUCCUCCUCGCUCGCCUGAUAGCUGGCAUCCUCAUGAGCUACCCUUUUUGGGUCUAGAGGGUCCACGCUUCAUAUACCCACCUCACCAUCCCUUACAUCACCCCCAGGACCUCCCUGACCCACCCCCAUACCCUCCUCACUCUCUCCCCCCCAGUCGACUGCACCUCUCAUCACUACAGGAUCCAACAAGUCCUGGACUCCUGCAGCUGGAGGUUCCUGUGGCUCCCCAAGGCAGAGACAGGCCCUUGGGGCCUCCGGUUAGGCGUUUAGCUAUGCAACAGGCCCAAAGUCUCGGCCAGCUCAGACACACGGCCCACGGUGUGGGUGUACCAGUGUUGCCUUACCCUGACCCGGCAGCCCGUGCAGGGAGCCCAAGCACAGCCCCCAGUAGUAGUCCUCAGUCCUGGCUCAGCCCGAGGGCGGGGCGCCGGGCAGACCCCAGCCUACCCCCACUAGUACUCCAGCCCUCUCGCCUCUCUCCACUCUCCCAAAGCCCCCUUAGCACCCAGCCAGGUUCUCCCGAUAUUCUAGUACGACCCCCUCCGCGCCCCAGCAUCCUCCGCACCUCUCGGUCUCUGGAGAUGCCUGAGAUCACCCUGCAGCCCUCGGCCACUGUCAGUUUCUCCCGGAGGUCCUCCCUGUCCGCCUCUCCCACUCAGAGCCAGGGCACCACGCAACCCAGCCCCAGUUACCACGCCCACAUGUCGUAUGCCUCCACUGCAGCCAGUUACCCCUCCCAGUCCCCCUCUCCCCCACUGGAGGGCAGGGAUGUUUUCGGGCAGAGGCCGUCCCAGAGAAGGAGAGAGGAGGAGAUGCUACCCUCAGAGCCCUCCCAGCUCCAGAUAUCAGCCUCAGGGGAACCUCUAGGUGCGUCUAGUGAUCCUGCCGGGUCUGAGAGCUUACCAGCACUGCUACACCACUGCAUUACUAAAGCCAAGGGAGUGGCUGCCAACAACAAUAACAACGCAGCCCCUGCAGGGAGAACAGGUGUGUCUCCCUCUCAGACCCAGCAGCAAUCACAGACACCCCAAGAGGGAGAGGUCCUCCACCUCCACAGAACGAGGAAAAGGAAAAACAAGAAGAACCCCUAUCUCUAUUUGCCCUCCUUCCUGCACCGCAGGCAGGCUGCGGAGGACCAGACAGGCAUUCUGGCCAGUGCAGACUCUGAGGGCCCAAAUUAUGGGACUCUACGCUGACACGUGUGCCCGCUAAGCCAUUGGACUCGACUAAACCUCCUCCUCCACUGCAUACACACUCAAACACACACACCUCAGCCCUCCCUGCUCCGCCCCGGCCUCUGUAUCAAGCCACCACAUUUCUUGUAAUCUCUCAAAGUUCAUUAUUGUGUGGGGAGCGGGAAACAUUAAUACUCCAGGGUUGGAAAAAUCUUAUUAGAAGACAAGAACAAUGGCUUUUCUGAGUUGUCACCACGACUUGUCUUUUGAGGAAUCUCACUUCAAAAUGCUCUGAAAAUAUAUAAUGUAUAUAAAAUAGUAAAACAAGGGAUUUUAGCUUCCUCCUACAGUAAUAAUGAUGUGUUGGUUGAGUAUGUGACAACACGUUAAAGAUUUUUCACUCACUGGUCAUUGAGGGGUCCACAUCUUUAGGUUUUCAGUCAAACUAAACUGUUAAGCCUGGUGCAUCCUUGGACAGGGACAUGAGUCUACCUUUCCUACAAUACAAAUAGUGUCAGUAUUUAAACACAGGGUUCUUACCACAAAAUAUACCUCAGAGUAAACGCAGAAUUGCUGUAAUUCUUGUGGUAUACUGUACGUACUUGACCUUUUUACAUAUGAAAUGUAUGGACAAAAAGGUUUAUAACACACACCAUUGCUCAUUUGAAUGGAUAAUAAGGCCUAACCUGAUCUAAUUUGGAAGCUUUUUAUUAGCCGGCAUAUUGUAUUUGCUUUGAUUUACGAUCCAGUGCCAACCAUUAGGGAACAGUGUCUUAAUUUGCUCGAUGGGCUCAGUGUGUUUAAAUGCGUCAUGAGAGCACGGCGCUGGGACGAAGAUCGCAGCCUUCAUGAGAACUCUUGAAAUAAUUUGGGACUUACACGCUCAACACAGGUUGGACUCGUAGGAUUGGAAGAACAGGGUGAUGAAUUGUGAAGUGUUCUGUCGUAUGUAUUUCAUUGUUCAUCAUUUGUGAAAUGUGGCACGUCUCACUGUGCCUUUUAGUUGCCUUUUUUAAAAUUCUUUCAUUUUUCUAACAUUAACUGCCUUUUCCUUCGGGAGGGAGUCAGAGACUGCAAUGUUAAGUGUGUUUUUACUUUCUUUGCCAAGGACACAAGAGGAAGUGCUACAGAGGAUGCAUAGCUCUGUUUCUCUUUUACAUUUAUAUCUUAAAUGGGUACCUGAUUUAACUGUGUGCAUCAUAAAUAAUGGGACAGAAAUAGAAUACCCUUAAAAAUAAAAAAAACACAAGAGAAGAUAAAUGAAUGAAUAAAUAUAACUUCAGUGGAAAAGUUCAUGCGGAAUGAACAAACCAGAGGAUGUUAAUGUUUAACUGCGGCUGUGAGAGGAGAAUGUGAUUGCUUCAUAAAAAUGUUAACAAGCCAUUGGGAAUAUUCAAACAACGGCCACCCUGACUGUUUAUCUUUAACAAGGGUAUAUUACGUGCUAGCUACUACUCUGUGUGUUUAAGUUUUUCGACACUAACCGAUAAUGAAUGUAUGUUUUGCUGUACAGGAAAUGAAUGUCCCGAUGUCCCAGUACAUUGAAUGACCCAUUGCGUGAGAUGACCAGUUGGCACAUCAAGCCCAAAUUGUUUUACUUCUCUGAGUCGUGCGAUAAGAACCGGUGGACCCCCCCCCACACAGUUUCUCUCGGCUGUUUUCCUUUUAUCGCUAAAAGCUCGUUCAAUCACUCAAAGACAUAUCAGAUAGAUUUUUCCACCUGCUAACAACAAAUCACAGGUUCUCUGACAAAUAUUCACACGAAUGAAUCGACUCAAUGUAUGCUUACUGAAAACCUGAGUGAGAAAAUGAUUAUUGCCUGAGAGUGAGCGUCAAAGAACAUAUUCUACUUUAGCAAAUUGGUUUCAUGUAAGAUACGAGGAGAAAAAAAAUCUAUAUUUGUUAUGUACUGUACAUGGUGAGUAUUGUAUUUGUAAAGAUAAAUCCAACCAUGAUUUACAGUAAGACGUUGUUGUACAAGGGUGUGUGAAAAGACGGGAAGGAUUCCCAAGGUGAAAAGAAAUUAUAUAUAAAAGUAUUUGCUUACAGUACGGCUUUAAGUGGACAAUAAUGUUCAUAAAACAUUUUAAGGUGCCUCAUUUGUCAUACUUUAGCAGAUAUAAUUUUAUCUGAGAUGAGAAGAAACCUUAAUGUUAGUACCGUACGAUGUAUUAUUGCCAUAGCCCGCUGGCUGCACAAGUUGAGUAGUAUUUUCUCUGAUGUAUAGUACGUGAAUGCCCACUGGGAAAAGCUUUAGAAGCAGAAGUGUGUCGCCCUCUAUAAUAUUCCUGGAACAAAGUAAUGCUGUAUUUUGCCCGUCCAUGAGCACACAUGUAGUUUCACUCCAGAUCUCGUCACCUUCAGGCGUCCAAAGCAAAUACACUGAAGGAAACUUUUUUCCACAGUCACAGACAUGCUAUAGUCAUGUACAAACACCGUGCUGUGGAGGAAGUUGUGUUUACAUCCGUUUGAAGUGUGUUAGGGCAUAGUUGCUUUGAACAUUACGACUUGGUGCUAUGUUUAACUCUGUGGUGCUGUAGAAUAGAGGUCUGAAGAUUUCUUUUUUUUUUUUUGUCUUCUCUUUUUUCGGUUUCCACAAGCAACUCUUCUCUUGGCCCUGUGUGAGUGAGUGAGUGUGUGAG